AGGAAACGUCAUUGCCACUCCACCCACUAGGAAGGGCGCAUCCGGGAUAGGAUAGCUAACUGGCUAGCUGAACUCCACAUAGCCAUGGCAGUUAACCUCAGCAAAAAUGGCACCGCUUUAACAGCUGCGUAUAAGGAAGUCGUAAAUGAAAAAUCAGACACCAACUGGGCCUUGUUCACCUAUGAGGGAAACAGUAAUGACAUCCGCCUGGCAGAUAAAGGAGAUGGAGGACUGGAGGAGCUGGUGGAAGAGCUUAAUAGUGGAAAAGUAAUGUACGCAUUCUGUCGGGUCCAGGAUCCAAACUCUGGUCUGCCAAAAUAUGUCCUCAUCAACUGGACUGGGGAAGGAGUGAAUGAUGCAAGGAAAGGACUUUGCGCAAAUCAUGUGAGCUCCAUGGCCAACUUUCUUAAGGGGGCCCACGUCACAGUAAAUGCCCGUGCCGAAGAGGAUGUAGAACCGGAGGUGAUCAUGCAGAAGGUCGCCAAAGCCUCAGGAGCCAACUACAGUUUCCACAAAGAAGCCUCCAGUCGCUUCCAGGACAGCGGCCCUCAGGGUCCCGUGGGGUCUGUGUACCAGAAGACCAACGCUAUGUCAGAAAUCAGGAAGACCAACAAGGACACAUUCUGGGCACAAGCAGAGAAAGAGGAAGAGAGACGUCGCCUGGAGGAGAGGCGCAAGGCAGAGGAGGAGCGCCAGCACCUGGAGAAAGAGAGGAAAGACAGGGAGGUCAAAGAGACAGCACUGAGGGACAAACGGGACAAGGAGAGAGCUGUUCAAAUUGAGCAACAAAAGAAGUACCAGCAGCAGCAGGAGGCUGCGAGCAGAGAGCAAGAGAAACAACGCAGGGAGGAGCAAGAGGAGAAUCAGGCAGCCCAGAAGGAUGCAGUCAUUCGAGGUGAAUCUGUGGAAAAAGCCAACGAGGCAGCCUCUCUCAUCUCUCAGAGAGCUAUAAACCCCAGAGAGAUGUUCAAGCAGAGAGAGAGGGGAAUUACUCCCAGUGACUCCUAUGGUGCCCCUGCGAGCCCCCAGCCAGGGCGUCUGCAAAGCACUUUUCUCUCUAAGCAAACGUACAAACCUGAGCAAGCCAGCUCACCUCAACGUCAAGCUUCCCCAGUGCCGGCAGGCUCCGCCUCCCCUGUCCAUGCUGCAGAGCCAGAUGUGGAGUAUGGACAGUCCAGGUGUGAGUAUGAAGCGCAGGAGGUGGCCCCUGAGGAGCACUUAAAAGCUGAGGAGGCGCCACAUGAAAGCCCCUGUGUCCAGGAGCCUUUUUAUGAAGAGCCUGCCCAGGUUGACGAGAACAACUAUGAGGUGACUGCAGACGAGACAUCCGAUAGAGGCAUCUGUGCUCGGGCCUUAUAUGACUACCAGGCUGCCGACGACACAGAGAUUUCCUUCGAUCCUGAUGAGAUCAUCACAGGGAUCGAGAUGAUAGAUGAGGGAUGGUGGCGAGGUUACGGUCCCGAUGGCCAUUUUGGAAUGUUCCCAGCCAACUAUGUUGAGCUCGUAUAAGCCUGCUCACUUCUCUAGAUCCCGUUCUAGUGAGCCGCAUCACGGAGCAAUGAAUGGACAGCAAACUUAGGCCAGGAUAUUUCAAAUUGAUCGUCAUUUCAAGCCAGCUUCAUCAUCGUGUUGGUGUUUUAAAGCAGUAAAAGCCCUCUCCAACACUUCACCUGUAAAUGUGAUUACACCUUAAGUUGAAUCUUGAAACAUUUGUGAGUGUAAACGGCACUUACGGUCCACAUUCCUUUAAAAGUGACUAAACGGUGAGGUAUUAUUGUUACUUUUAGUAGUAACAACAGCAGCUCCUGAGUGAUCCAGAAGAAAAAAAAACAAAGAUGGUGGUACUAGUUGAACUUAAUCCUGUAUCUUUUGUUUAUUGUUGCCUUUGUUUUUCAGAUGACCAAAUGUCCCUUUUUAUGUGACCUUAGAUCAUGUAUGCAUUUCAAACAGUUUUAUGCUGUCGUUGAAGUGAAAUUUUCAAACAUCACACUGUAUGCUCUCCUCUGGGUGCUUGAGUGUUUUGGUGUGAGGUGGUGACUGAAUAUCUAAUUACCUUGAUAUGAAUGUGUAGUCUGACUCCUUCGUUUCUUCAUUCCAGUCAUCUUUUCUGAGAUGAGCAUAGAAGAAGAAAACGUUUAAAUCGGCACAAUUAUUUUCACUCAUUGUUCUGGAAUCUGGCUGGUGUGUAGUGUUAACACAGUUAUGCCCGCAGUUGUUCAUCUUAAUUUUGAGUUAAAGUGAAUUAUUUUCGUUACAUCUCAUAUUUUUUUUCCGAAUGUUUCAUAUACACACUCAUUAAAACACUUUCUCGGAACAGGCAUAUACGUUUUAGACUGUAAUAUUUAAUUACAAUGCUUUAAAUUAUGCUAGAAGUUAUCAGGAUCCUUUAAAAUAGUUGCAAAUGUAGCAACUGUCCAGUCAGAACAAGGACAUGAACAGUUGUCAAAAUAUAAAUUUAACAUCCAUUUUCUAUACCGCUUAAUCCUCAUUAGGGUCGCGGGGGCAUGCUGGAGCCUAUCCCAGCUGACUUCGAGCAACAGGCGGGGUACACCCUGGACUGGUCGCCAGCCAAUCGCAGGGCACAUAUAGACAAACAACCAUUCACACUCACAGUCAUACCUGUGGACGCCAAUUAACCUCACAUGCAUGUUUUUGGGACUGCGGGAGGAAGCCCACGUGCACACGGGGAGAACAUGCAAACUCCACAAAGAAAUGCCCAGGGAAGAAUCGAACACAGGUCGUCCCGAUCUCCAGGCUGUUGCUGUGUUGGGCAACAUGCUAACCACUAGACCACCGUGCGGCCCAUAAAUUUAACAUUGAUUAAAGGAAAAUAUUUUUCAUAGACUUCUCUUAACACAACUUAUUACACUCGUUUGCCACUUUUUGGUAUAAUUUUCAACUAAAAGAUAAAACAUUCAACUGGUUGGAAAAAAUUUUUUUUACUUGCACUCCAAAUUUGGCCAGUAUGAAUCAUUUUGGGCUCAACUGUCUAAGAUGCUAGGUUGCGAUAACCAGGCCAAGUUAAUGCAAUGAGUAAAAAGCCUUCAGUGACAUUUUAAAACACCACAAAAAUCUUAUUUGAUCUUGAAACAACAUUGUAGCUUUUUAACGUAUGAAUCACAAUCUGUUGACCAAAGGAAAAAAAACAAGUGGACUACAGCAUAAUUUAUCAUUAAAAGUAUAUUGUAAUGCAUCCUUUGUAAUAAAACAAAUAAAUA